AUGGCCAUUGAUUUGAAUCCUGAGUACCGACUUCGCCGUAAAGCAAUGAACAUGGCGUUGCAUAUAUUUGGAGAGGGGAAGAAGGCUCCGAAUGAAAAUAUAAAUGACCAACUUGACGAGUUCUUCAUGGCAAUAGAAAAGCCGGAUGGCAAGCCAUUUUAUCCUCCAGAGAUUGUCGAACGUUCUAUUGCCUCCCAUCUCUGGGGUUGGGUAACGUGUAAAACAGAUAACAUUAGUGAUGGUACUGCGGAUAAAUUGCUUGAUUUUAACCGAACGUUUUUUGGACUCGUUCCUAUUCUGAAGUAUUUUCCCACAAAACACGUAUUGACAGUGAAGUAUGUAAAAAGGAGACUACACGAACUUUUUGUAACCGAAACAAUCGAGACGAGACGACCUAUCAAGAAGGGAAAAAAACGGGAUAUCAUGGACUCUCUAUUAGCAUUUUGCAUUAAAUUUGGACUGAAAACCGAUUGCGUCAGUUUCCUAUCAGCAGAUAUCAUCCUGGCUGGAGCAGAUAUACAACCGGGACAUUUUUUGUUUGGUUUUUGUUAUACAUGA